AUGCCAUUCAGCGCAAAGGACGUGAAUGAAAUUUCUGCAAUGCUUAAAAAGUGGGCACUGACAAUGAAAAAAAUAUGGGCGAAGACAAGUUUUGACUAUUUUGGGGGGUUAUUCGGAAAUGUGGAUCAAAUAAGUUAUCUAUUUACUUUAGAAACAGUGCUAGUUAUGAAAAUCAGAUUCCGUCUCUGAGUGUGCAUACAGUGCACUGUAAGCAAUUUAACACAGACAAAAGUGAAGUUACUAUGUGGCUUAGCAUGGAACACUAUUGACAAUUAUUUGGUUCUUCUUUCAGGAAGUGAACGCUCUACAAAACGAAAUUUUACAGAUUUUAAAACAUGAGAGAAUCGUGUCAUACUAUGGAAGUCAGCAGAAUGAUUGCUAUCUUUAUUUAUUUAUGGAGUUCAUGCCUAGGGGAUCAUUGUCCGACUAUAUAAAAAAGAGCGGAGUUCUUUGGGAAAAGGAAGCAAGUUGGUUCACAAAGCAAAUGUUAGAAGGAGUGACCUUUUUGCAUUUCCGGAAUAUAAUACACGGAGACAUAAAGGGAUCAAAUGUUCUUUUAGACGGCAAAGGGAAUGUGAAAUUAGCUGACUUUGGAUUAUCAGAAACCAUCCAGGUAAAAAUAGUGAGCUGUAUGCAGCAGUGAGUAAUGUAUAUGGAGCCCGAAGUUCUUUGUUCUGUAUUUUUGUUCGCUUUUUUCGUCUUGACCGCGCACAAAAUACAAUAGAAG